AUGGCAGAAGAUGAAGUUUUAAAUGAAUACAACCCACUCUCCAAUCGGGCCCUAUAUUUGGACAAAAUGGACAAAUUAGGAGCCAUUAUAAGCCCGAAACAAAGAAUUGGAGGUUUGGGUUCAUUACCGGGUUAUGAGAGCCACCAGAAGCGACAGAUCCGUUACCAUCAGUGCUAUUUCAACCCAAUCUCAUGCUUCAGAAGAAGAAAAUAA